GCACUGCUUGGAAAGCCCAAUUUCCAAACAGUAAUAAUUACAUGUUUUCCAGCUAGAGGCAGUGAUGCAGUCUGUCCUUUAUUACUGUUCAGGAUGCAUCGAGACACAUUUACAGUAACUCUACUGUACAAAGAUGAUGUAGCAGUAUGAGCCUCAGACCACCUCCUGAUAUCCUGUGCUUCAGUGAUCAGAUCACGACCUCAUUCACACAUGUCCUACACCGUCCACUCGUGCUCCUAUCACCCAGGACGCUUAAUAAUCCCGGGUGUGAGUAGCAGCAUUAAGGAAGUGAAAAGAAUAAAAAAUCUGCAAUUCAGGUCACACCCGUGUGUGUUUUCUGUGUGUUGCUGUAGCAGGUAGAUCAAAAAGGUGGAUGUAUUCUUGAACGAGUGCAGUUUUGACAUGACAGAAUUCAUGUCCUGGAGUGCCUCUUAAUUAAAUUCACCCUGAGACAGCAGGCUCUUUGUGAAAUGAAGCUGUAUUGCUGUACACAGCCGAUAACGCAGUGCUUUCUGAGGUAAAAAAAAAAAAGAAAAGAAAAAGGCACUUUUAGGGACAACACUAGACACUGAAUGGCAUUGUUUAGCUUCGCCUUCCAAUCCAAAGCAAAGCAGAGCAUCUUCUUUUUAUGCCUAAGGGGCAAAGCAAGAGAGAGAGAGAGAUAAAACUCGGUGUAACUGCUUCCCACAUCAAAGUGCCCUGUCCUACUGCUAUAUUUAGGCUGCGGUGAAGGCAGUUCUUCCUCAGUGAAAGGUAGUGGAGUUGGAGCAGCUAAGAGGGGAAGAGCAGCAGCAUGCAAAGGAACUGUGAAUAGACGUGUUUGUAGCCAAGCCCAACCCCCAAGCUGGAGAUUGUCACCGAAGGGUUUUUCACAUGCAUCUCUCUAAAGCCACACCGCUCCUUUGCCUCUUACCACUGAAACCUCACACGCCUUGUUCAUACCAAGCGGACAGAGAAAGCUAAGGAGAAUGGUGUGAGCGCUGCAGGCCCUGAGCCCAGCUACUUCGAGAUCCCAAGUAAAGACGGCCAGAUGGCAGAGGACAGCAUUCACGAAGUCCCAACCAAGGACACGGAGAGCAGCGCAGCAGCAGCAAAAGCCGCCCAGGCGAACACCUCCUUCACUAUUGAGUUUGAUAACACCUCUCCAGGCAAGGUGACCAUUAAGGAUCACGUGUUACGUCCGAGAUCGAAAAAAUCUCAGCCAGGGAGCAAAGAGCUCAGCAGCCUGCAGGCAGCCAUCAUGGCUUCGGAGAGCAAAGUGGCCGAUUGGCUCGCACACAACAAUCCUCCCAUGGUGAGACGUGAGUCCACAGAGGAAGACAGCAAAAGCAUUAAGAGUGAUGUGCCUGUACAUCUCAAGAGGCUGAAAGGCAGCAAGCACGAGGACGGCACCCAAAGCGACUCAGAGAACGGCCUCGGUCUACGUUUUGGUAGCCGACGCCACGCUGCUCUGGAGGAACGCUUGAAAGCAGCUGGACUCACGCGUGCCAAAGUCACCGGGGCAGAGGGCUCGGGCUCCAGCAGCCGCACCGCAUUCACCAUCGAGUUCUUCGACGAGGAGAACCCACGCAAACGCCGCUCCUACUCCUUCUCCCAGACUGCACCACUGUUGGGCGGUAUGGCAGGAGAGGGACUGUGUCCGGCACCACCCUCUCAUCCUAAGGGCACUUCAUCAGCACUGGCAACAGUGGCACCUACAGCAGCGCGACUGCUGCAGAAGAAAAGGUCAGAGGACAAGACGGCGGUCCACGGAGAGGAGACUCAGAAGCAGGAUGACGAUCAGAGCGACAAAGGCACCUACACCAUCGAGCUGGAGAACCACAACCCUGAGGAGGAGGAGGCCCGCCGUAUGAUUGAUAAGGUGUUCGGGGUGGAGAACUCUCAGAAUCCUGGUUGCUCAGUGCAACAGAAAACGAAGGACAGUAAGAAGACCAGCAGCACUAAAGCUGAGAGCCUUUUGGAGGAAUCAGUUGCAGUUGGCAGUCCACACUGGGUUUCUCAAUGGGCUACUUUAGCUGCUAAUCACACAAGAACCGAUCCUGAGGGUUCUGGGGCAGAACCCACACACUUUGUUCAUCAAGAGCGAGAAGCUGAUGCAUUUGAGUCAGGUGUGUCUUUAAGGAGCACUGGCUCUACGACCUCUAGCCAGGCUGAGCGGAAGAGGAGGACACUGCCUCAGCUUCCCACUGAGGAGAAGAGUAGGUUGGGGAAGGUCUCCACCACCACAGGACUACGCUCCGAGAUCGGCGAGAAGCAAGACACCGAACUCCAAGAAAAACAACACAAAGGAGAUGGUGAAUGUGUCUCCACUCCCAGCAAGAAGGACACUACAAGUGGAAAGACAAACCAAGUGCAGACAGCCACUUCCAAGCCUCCUGUGCCUCCCGUGGGAGGGGUAGAGAAGCAGAGUGAGGAGUCUUGCAGGAGGCGUGCUGAGGACAGGAGCAAAGGGAGUGAUGGUGAGCGGAGCGGGAAGCCCCUGGUGCGUCAAGGCAGCUUUACCAUCGACAAGCCAAGCGCCAAUGUUCCGCUUGAGCUUAUCCCACGCAUCAACCAGCGACAGUCCGGGGGCAGAGAGCGGAGUGACUCAGCUGGCAGCAUGGACACGGCCACUUUGCUCAAGGAUACCGAGGCUGUUAUGGCCUUUCUAGAGGCCAAAUUGCGUGAUGAGAAAAAGCUGGAUCCAUCACCACCCCCUGGCUACCCUUCAGGACGCACUUUUUCCCCAGAAUUGGAUACUGACCCGACUAAAGCAGCAGGCCGCACUGAAGUGCCACAGAAGCGCCGUUCGCUCAGCAGUCUACACAGAGAGAAAAGCAACAUGAGCUCAGCUGGAAAGAGCACAACUAAUGCACGGGAGAGACUGGAGAGGAAAGCCAAGCCCAAAACCUCAGACGGGCGCCUGGAUUCCCGUCGCUCUGCCCAUACAAGUCAGAGGGCCCGCCAGCCUUCUAUGGACCUGACAGAUGAUGAGCAGACAUCCUCAUUGCCCAUUUCUGAUGUACUCUCUGAUGACCAGGAGAAUGGACGUAGCCCCUUCACGUUCACUGAUGACUUGCUGCACUCCAAACUGGACUCCUCUAAAGCUGCUAGAGCCGGUAAAUCCAGCAGGACACACCAGGCCAGCACUUUGUCUAUGGGAAAGCCUCAGUUGCCUCAGCCUCGGCCCACUAGGGCAUCUCUUCUGAGACGUGCUCGACUUGGAGACACAUCUGACACAGACCUGGCAGAUGCGGACCGGGUGUCAGUUGCAUCCGAAGUGUCCACUACCAGCUCCACAUCCAGGCCACCAUCGGGCAGGAAGGCACCAUCUCGCAUCGACAUGCUGGCACAGCCCAGGCGCACCAGGCUUGGGUCCAUGUCGGCGCGUAGCGACUCGGAAGCCACAGUGUCACGCAGCACUACAUCGAGGAUGUCGGCUGAGACGGCUCUGAGACUGGGCUUGCGCCCCACCAACCCUGCAGACAGCAAGCUGAACCCACGCCUUCGGGCAAACAGCGUCUCCAAGCUGACAGACACUAAAACCAAGACCACAGCAUCCAUCUCCAGUGCUCCAGCAGAGCACGUUCACACAGAGAUGUCUCAACCAGAGCCGGAGGAUGACCUAGCAGACGAGGAGCCCAUGGCCAGCAGCAGGUGGCGGCGACUUAAUACAGAAUACGGCUCCACCUCCGAAGACGAGUUCGGCUCGAACAGGAACUCGCCCAAAGCCGGGCGUCUGAGGCCAGGCACUGCUCUGCGUACCAGUAGAAUGAGCAGCACAGGCACGGUGACAACAAGCCCUGGUGGCAUCACCAUCAAACACAGGAUGAGAGAGCAGGAGGAGUACAUCAGAGACUGGACAGCCCACAGCGAAGAGAUCGCCAGGUUAUUCCCCUGUGUGCGCAGGAUCAGUCAGGACCUGGCCAAGGAUCUGGCUAUUCUGGCACGGGAGAUCCAUGACGUGGCCGGCGAGAUCGACUCGGUCAGCUCCUCCGGCACAGCACCAAGCACCACGGUGAGCACGGCGGCCACAACGCCUGGCUCUGCCAUCGACACCAAGGAGGAGUUGGUAGAGCGAGUUUUUGAUGAAAGUUUGAACUUUCGGAAGAUCCCCCCUGUGGUGCAGACCAAGACCCCGGAGAUGAACGGCCGGCCUGUGGAGCUGCGGCCACGAGCCCCAGACAGUCUGGAUCCCCAGAAUGCACUGCGCAGACGCACAUGGAACCGAGAUGAGGUCAGACCGGCGGUGCUAGACAGCUUGCUGCUGACCUCAGUCUCUCAGCUGUCCUCCAAAAUCCGCCAAUCUGUGGACAAAACGGCAAGCAAAAUCAAGAUUCUGUUCAAGGACAAGGACAGGAACUGGGACGACAUUGAGAGCAAACUGAGCUCAGAGAGUGAUAUACCACUGCUCAAAACCACUAACAAGGAAAUCUCAACUAUUCUAACAGAGCUGAAGCGGGUGGAGAAGCAGAUCCAAGCUAUAAAUAUCAUGGUAGACCCGGACGGAACCCUUGACGCACUUGCCAGUCUAGCCCUGGCGAGUCCCACUACACCCAAACCUAAGACCAGCAACGGAGCCUCCAAACCCUCCUCCACCAUCUCCCCUAACCGAGAGCUCCCCAGCGCUGGACUGAGCCGUCCUCAAGCCAGCGGAGAGGCGAGCACCAUUACUAAAAAGUGAAACUUGAGAAUUGAGCAAACUGGACCUCUAAUAGCUAAUUCUCUCUGAACUGAUAGACUUUUACCUGUACAUACUGUCUGUGCCCCUUACUUUCCUGCACUCCACUGGAAUGUCCAUCUUUCUCCAAAUGAAGUUGUUGAAAGUCCCACCUGUGGAUUUGGACAGUAAUAUACAGUGCAGCUACACACACACACACACACACACACACACACACACACACAGUUGCUGGUGAAGAGCCUCAUUGAUCUGAGGCUUGUAAUGCUGGACUUCUUCCACAUGUCUGAUGUUAGUACCAACCACUUGUGUGUUUCUGCACGUGUGUACGCUCCCUUCCAGGCAUGAAGCAAGUGGACUUUGUAAUCCAACUUCGAACAAAAACGACUCCGAGUGCCUGUCUUCUCUCCUCUGUAAGCGUUCUCUUCUGCGAAUAGCAACUCCUUCUUAUUAAGUGACUUUCGUGUCAGAAAUGAGAUAGUGUUGGUUUAAAAGACCUUUAAAAGAAAUUUAACCGUGAAGGGAAACUUUUGCGAGAAGUGUUAAAGAUUACGAAGCUAAACAUGAACUAGCUUACCAAAGUAAGUCCGAUUCUAUGCGUGCAUUCAACCACUGUAAAUUUCAUCCAACUAUUUUUUUUUUUUUUUUCCUGGGGAAAUCUGAUUUCUUGAUUAAACAAAGUGCAUUUAUGCUAUCAAAAUCAGCAUAGGCCAACUGGCUCCAGUAAACAGAACAUUUACCGAGUUACAUAAUCUUCAUGCACUGAUAUUUUUUUAGACUAAUGGAUAGGUAGCUAGGUUUAGCUUCAUCAUUUCAUUUUCCCCUCGCAUUGGAAGGAAGAAAACAUGCAGUAUUAGACGACGUAUUAGUGAGAUGCAGCAUGAUUACGUGUUGAACAUGUCACAUCUGCUAAGAUCUCUGUGCUUUGUGCUACUGUGACCUGAGCCUUAGAACAAACAGCCUUUAAUGCAAGGUUCGUUCAAUAUGUUACAGUCAGUCGAACACGUUACACUUUUAAUCUCAGUACUGACGUUCUCGAAUCAGAGUAUGCAAAUUACAGGGUAUUGGAUACGCAGUAGUGAGUAUUGGGCAGUCUGUCAGCAAAUCUCCACAAGCUCAUUAGUCAUGGAAUUUUUAUGAAGGUGUUCCAGCAUAUGGUGUACGUCCUGUCCUUUGUCUUACUCUCCUGUCACCGCUUGCUGCUCGGCUGAAUUGGUGAAGGGUGAGGGACGAGCGUACCCAGCCUUUCAUUGUGAAUCUGCGUGUCGUAGAGAGAGUAGUGCGACUGUCAUUAGGAUCUGAAACAAUAGUGAAGAUAGGUACAGGACUUUUUUUGUUGUUGUUGCUGUUGUUGAUAAAUGUAUCAGCCAUGUGCCCACUAUGGAAAAUCUAGUUCCUGGGCAGUUUUAGGAAAGAAAAUCAAAAUGUAGUGUGCACAAGUGUCAUUUUAAGGUUCCUGGACUCCUGUAAGUUAAUGUUAUGUGUGUUAAAGGUGAUACAGGGCAUCGAACACCGAAAUCAUAUCUCUACAUCAUACUGCUCUCAUAACACGACAUACUUUCAGUGCAUUUUCCUGCCCACUUUUUUUUUUAAAAUAGUUGUAUCAUUUAUAAUACUAUUGUACAUGUUUUACAUAUGACGGGGAACAGAAAACAUCCUUGGUACAGUUUUGUUGUUUUUGUUGGUUUCUUUUUGUUUCAGUUUACAUUCACAGCUGUAAAAUAGUUUUUUGUUCGUUUCAUUGUUUUUUUUGUUUGUUUGUUUGUUU